UAACAAAACUCAGAAAAUAAUAUGUCAGCCGCACCUGAUGGUCAAUUUCCUAAAAUCAAAUUCGACGGUAAUGCACCGAAGUUGGAUAAAGCGCAAUUGGAGUUUAUGAAAAUCAUUGAACAGCAGAAUUUGGUGCGUGUGCAGAAAUUACAACGCGUACGUAGAAAUAACCUUAUCACGGCCGGUGUACUGGGCGCAUCAGUUUUGGGCAUUUAUGCCUACUCUAUGCUAUCAGUGCAACAAGAAGAUUUCCUAGAUGAUUUUGAUGAGCCAAAAAAAGUUUCAAACCAAUAAUAGUUACAUAAAGUUAUAUAUUAGAAU